GCUGGUUGGCUAAGAAACAACCAAUGAGAGACUGACAGGACUGAAGCGUUGGAGUGUGGGCAGGCGCCUAGCUGAUAGGAGUGUAUAAAGUGUAGUAGAAUGUUUGGGAAACUUUACAGUACGCUAUUUUUUAUUCUCUUUUUCUGCCAUGAGCCCAGUGAUGCUCAAAGGAAGAAAGAGACUUUGCUAUCAGAGAAGGUGACUCAGAUGAUGGACUGGACCUCGAAGCGUUCAGUCAUCAGAAUGAAUGGAGAGAAAUUCCGUCGCUUUGUCAAGGCUCCUCCAAGAAACUACUCCGUGUUCAUCAUGUUCACAGCGCUACAGCCGCAGAGGCAAUGUGGCGUUUGCAAACAAGCUGAUGAGGAGUUCCAUGUGCUAGCUAACUCCUGGCACUAUUCCUCUGCCUUUACUAACAGAAUCUUCUUUGCAUCAGUGGAUUUUGAUGAAGGAUCUGAUGUCUUUCAGAUGCUUAAUAUGAACUCUGCUCCAACCUUCCUCCACUUCCCACCCAAAGGGAAACCUCGACGAUCAGACACCUAUGAGCUGCAGGUCAGAGGGUUUUCUGCCGACCAAUUGGCUAGAUGGGUGGCAGACAGGACAGAUGUUCAAAUCCGUGUCAUUCGUCCACCCAACUAUGCAGGGCCUCUCUUGUUGGGCUUUCUCCUGGCUGUGAUUGGUGGACUGGCAUAUCUACGAAGGAAUAAUUUGGAAUUUCUUUUUAACAAGAAUGUUUGGGCCUUUUCUGCACUGUGCUUUGCCCUGAUAAUGACUUCUGGCCAAAUGUGGAACCAUAUCAGAGGACCACCAUAUGCACACAAGAACCCCAACACCGGACAAGUGAGUUACAUCCAUGGGAGCAGCCAAGCCCAGUUUGUGGCAGAGACGCACAUUGUCCUCCUCUUCAAUGGAGCUGUUACUGCUGGGAUAAUUCUGCUCUGUGAGGCUGCCACUUCGGACAUUGACACGGGAAAGAGGAAGAUCAUGUGCGUGGCAGGUAUGUGUCUUGUGAUGCUGUGCUUCAGCUGGCUGCUGUCCAUUUUCAGAGCAAAGUACCAUGGAUACCCAUACAGCUUCCUGAUGGGUUAAAGAUCCCAAUUGGCCUCCGGAUAUACCUAAAUGUGAAAUUGAAGACAGGAAUCUCUAAAGUGUCAAAUAGUUUAUUGCUGGAUGUUGUAAAAAUGUCACAUAAUUUGUAUAAAUUGCUAUGGGUAAUUGCAUUGACUGGUUGUAUGAAAAAGCAAGACUAGCAGCUAAGCUGGGUCCUUUGAUCUUGAAAUAUA